UGGAAAGAAGUACACCAAAUUUGCGUUUUCGUGAGAAGUUUAAGCGUGAACACGCAGCGAAUCUAGGCUCAUUAACGCAUUAAUAUUUGUGAGGACGCGGGAAAACAUGUAAAAGUAUGCGCGGAGGGGAUGAGUCUCGGGUUGGUAGCCGGAGCGGCGACAUUUACAAGAUGCAAACUUUGACAAGGACCGGGACAUGAUGGAGGACUGCGGGACGGAUGUUCUGGUCAGUUUCGCCGAGUCUCUACAUGUGUACAGCGGCCUGCUGACAGCGGCCACGGUGUGCGGAGGACUGACGGGGAUCCUGGCUGCUGCGCUUCUAUACAUCUUCUGCCUGAAGCCUCUGCUACUGACGAGACAAGGCUACAACGCAAGGAAGCUGCUUGAACCCGAGGAUGGAGAAUUGGACAACAACCACAGUGACUGUGUGAGCAGCAGCAGGAAGGAGGCUCCGAGUGGCACAAACCAUGAUAAAGACAAGAAGCAGCCGCCCAUGAACAGUGAUGUGGCUGCAUUUGCAUCGAGAGCAAAGGUGGUUUACCCCAUCAACCAGAAGUACAGGCCUUUAGCAGACGGAGCGUCGAACCCGUCACUCCACGAGCACUCCAAGUUGCCAGCGAUGCCCAAUGAGGAGUCGUCCUCCUCCACGGACGGAGAGUCUCUGAGCCAAGAGCAGGACAACGAUGACAGCAGCCAGUACAUCUCCUCCUCCCUGGUCCCCAAAAGCCUGCAGAACCAGAGUUUCAACAGGGUUUCUCAUUAUCCCCACACACUGACACAGACAGGUUUUGAAGGGAGGAUCAGUCUUUACUGCUUGGCCCUGCAGGAUAUACAGCGUCACUGCACUCAGCUUCAGGAAGAAAAAUACCUGAUUUUUCUACAAAUGCUGAAAAUGAUUUUCAGCAGUCGGUUUCCAAAAGACAAAAACGAUGCCGACUUUUCCAAGAACAUCCUACAGAUGCAAGAAAAAGAAAUAAGUGAGUUGAGAAAACAGUUGCCAACAGGACAAGCUGUCACCGAGAACAGUCACGAUGCUUCCUGCACGCUUGAAGAAAUUGAAAGAGCUCAGAAAGAGCUCCUUGAACGUGGCAUUCAAACAUCCAGAAGUUUCAGCAGACAGGUGGAGGAUUUGUGCCAACAUCUGCUGAGGAAGACCAGCGUUUUCUCUCCGGAUGAAGCUCAGGAAGUGAUUCUCUCUCUCAGUCAGACACUUCUGUUGGUAGAGACUCACCUGAUGAAGGUACAAGAAGCAGAUCUUAAGAGGAUCCAACAGAAGCUGCUGUGGUGGGAGGAACUCACGGGGCUGGUGCAAUCCCAGCCUGCCUUGCUGAGGGGGGAAGUGUCUCUGAGGCAGAGUUUGAUCGCCACAACGCUAGAACAGCUGACCAGUGACGACGUCUUGAGAUUCAGUCACAUGGAGAAGAUACUGUCAGAGAUUCAGGCUGCUCUGACCGAAGGGCUUCAGCUGUGCAGUGAGGAGUGCAACAGGAAAACAGCAGAGCUUGUGAAUGAGAAGUGCAGCAAAAAGGAGUCCAAGAGGAAGAAGCUCGAGAGAAGCCAGUCUAAGGAGAGGAGCCGCACUGUGGAACAGAGGCAGACGUACAGUGACCUCCAGGAGCUCUCCAAGAUCUACCAGGAGCUCCUGAUGAAACAGAGGCAGCAGGUCUGUGACUUGGAGCUGCAGCAGGACAACAGAGUGGCAGAAGCCCUUUGUGAUCUGUGGAAGAAACUGCGUAUCUCAUGGUCAAAGAAGCUCGGGGAUCUCGCCAAGGACAGGUUCCUCACAUCUGUUCGGGCGCAGACGAAGCUGUCGGCUGAGCACUGUGAGAAACUUUGGUUGGACCUGGAGCAGCAGCUGGCUGCUGAGCUGCAGCAGGCGGAGAACACCACCAAACAGCAACUGGAGAACAUCAAGGCCGAGCUGGAUAGAGACGAACAGGUGUGGAGUGAAGGGAUGGCACUGGUGCAGGCCUGCCUGAACCAUCUGCAUGAGGAACAGAUGAAGAUCCUCCAGGACGUCACAGCCAGACAGAGCUACACUCUCAACAGUCAAAUGGGGCAGCUGAUCAGGAAGAAACACGAGCACCUGUUGGUGGCGGUGCAGCGGUACUUUGUGGUCAGGCACUUCUGUCUGCACAUGCUGAAGGAGAUGAGGCUGUCAAAGCUGAAGGCUUUCUCACAGACUGACUUCAGAGCUCUGCUGAUUGACGACCCCUGCAGAAGCCAGCCCUGUGCUAACUCAUCUCGCAAGAAUAGCAGUGCCAGCCUGGCAGAGAGGCAUCUGGGGCCGGAAAGUCAGCUGUUGGGGAACAACUUCCAGCAGGAGUUCCUGUCUGAGCUGGAGACGGGAACAGAGCUCCUCCAGAGCCACGCACAGCUGCUGCUGGGCAACGCCCUCAGCCACGCCGUCCAGCUGAUGAGCAGUCACUCUCACAGUGGGUCCCAGACCUGCUACAAACAGGACAAUGACUUAAAGCGCCAUCUGACGGAAGCCGCUGCAGAGAGUGUGUAUGUGACCAAAGACUCUCUGGCUGCGCUGGUCCAGAGCUACUAUUCAGCUCUGGAGGACAUUACAAAGACAUUCCCACAGAGCCAGGAGGUGAGUGAGAAGCAGGACAGCAGCAGCCAGCUGAGCAGAGCCCUGCUGAGGGAGCUGGUGAACUGGGGCAAGAAACCCGCCUCCGCAGAGUUCCAGCAGAGGGUUGAACUUCACAAGAGGAAGGUUCUGGAUCAGUGUGAUUUGGAUCAGAAGAUGAUUUAUGAAGAACUGAGUCGGAGGAAAGCAGCCCAGGAUGAAGUCAUGGAAAGGAUCAAAGAAGACUCCCUGGAGGCAGAAGAACGCUUUAUAACUGAGCUGGCAGCACUGGCCCGAAUACCUGUCCACAGUCCAGAUCCAGAGCCCACUGAUGAGGACGACGACUCUGGCGAUCAGAGCGCCAGGAUUUUGGACCUGCUGGCUUUGAACCCAGCAUUAGAUCCAGCCUUGAAUCCUUCACUGACCCCAAGUUUUGUUACUCCAGCAGUGAAAACUCAACCAAAGAAGAAAAGAGAACGAGAGUCUCGCCUCAGCUGAUAACGUACCAUGCAAAAAACUUCCUAUAGUUUUUACCUCGGCAAGCCAGUAUCUGUUUGUUGAUAGCGAUUAUUGAUUUUUAUUUGUAAAGUAUUAAAUGAUCUGUCUCUCUUUUCUAUGUUAAUGGAUGGAUGCCUUGAUAGAAUAAUGCAACAAAAACAUUUUUAAUAAAAUGUUGUAAAGAU